AUGCAAAAAUUUUUACACGAACAUUAAAGAAUACCAAUAUACUAAAUAAAACCAUAAAAAUAAAUAUUAUAUGAACCUGCUCCAGAAUAAAAGCCAUAAUUAAUAAAAAAUGAUAUAGAUUAAGAAAUACCAAUUAUUAUAGAUUAUGGAAGUGGAAUAACUAAGGCUGGAUGGGGAACAAGUUAGAGGCCAGAUUUAUCAAUACAAACAUUAUUAAGUAAAUCAAAAGAUGCAAAAACAAGUAUAACAUCCGUAUUAGUAUAAAAUAAGUUAAAAGAUGUAGAUUUAUUUAAAGGAAAUUAUAGAUCUCCUUAUGAACGUAAUGUAGUUUAAUAAUUUAGCUUAAUGGAAAAUUUAAACGAUUUUAUAUUUAGUGAAAUCGGCGUUAUAGAAGAAAGAGUCGAUCAUCCAUUAAUAAUUACAGAGCCGUUUGCCAAUCCUGAUUAUUCAAGACAAAAUUUGCUUGAAUAAUAUUUCGAAUGUUAUGAAGUCCCCUCAGUUUUUAUAGGUGUAGAUACUCUUUUUGCAACAUAUAAUUAAUUAGGAUAAGAAAAAUACUAAACAGAAACCUGCUUAGUAUUAUCUUUAGGUCAUAAUACAUGCCAUAUAAUUCCAAUAAUAAAUGGAUAAGUAUAAUAUGAAUUUAUAAAAAGAGUAAAUGUUGGAGUAUCGAGUGGUUUCGAGUUGUUUUAUAAAUAAACAAUAAUAAAAAACUAGCAUUAAAAACAUUAUUUAGACUAUUAAACAUUAUAAUCAAUAUUUUAAAAUUAUUGUGAAUGUGCAGUCAAUUAUUCAGAUUAAUUGAAAUAUCUAAAAUAUGGUUAAUAAGGAUUUGAAAAUAAAUCCUAUUUUAAUAAAAUUGAAAGAGAAAAUAAUUAAAUUUUUGAUUUUAAUACUUUAUAGGAGCCUAUUUAUAUAGAUUUUCCUUUAUAAUAAAAAAUUGUUGAUGAAGUAGAAAUUUAAAGAAGAAAAGAAAUUCGUUUAAAAUAAGCAGAAAGAUUAAGAGAAGCUAUGCACAAAAAAAGGGAAGAAAAAAGAAAAAACCAUGAAAAAGAACUCUAAGAUUUAGAAUAAUUAGAAUUAAAAUUUAAAGAAGAUCCUGCGUCUACAAAAGGAAAAGAUGAUAAUUUUGGAAUGAAUGAUGAAGAUUGGAACGUAUAUAUUAAUAUAUAAAAAGACUAUGAAUCUGAUGAAGAAAAUCAAGAAUUAAAGCUAAAUGAAAUUGAAAUCGAAUUAAGAGAAUUAGAUCCAAAUUUUGAUGAAAAAAUAAAAAUUGGUGAGAAAAAUCCUUAUAGUUUAAAUAUGUAAGAAUCUUUUAUUUAAUUAUCUGUUGAUAAGUUUAGAGGAAACGAAGUUAUAUUUUAACCUGGAAUAGUCGGAGUUGAUUAAUCUGGAAUUAGUGAUACUAUAAUCUAUAUUGUGAAAAAAUUCGAUUAAAAUAUAUAAAACUAACUUCUAUAAAAUAUAUUAUUAACAGGGGGAGGCUCUAAUAUGAGGGGUAUUAUUUAAAGAUUUUAAGCUGAUCUUAUUUCUAAUUUUAAGGUUAAUUAAGUUAUUAAUAUUAGAUAAAUGGAAUAAUCAGUUUUCGGGCCAUGGUAUGGAAUGAAAUAUAUGUAUUAUAAAAAUUUGGAUAAUAUUUAAUAAAAUUUUAUUACUAAAUAAGAAUAUUUUGAAAAAGGAAAUAAUAGCUUAUUUAAAGCAAAUUAAUUUUCAAAUAUUGUAAUUCCAUAUUGA